CUGUGGACCUGGCGAGCAGCCCUGGGGAACGGGAAUGGGCUUUGGGACCCGGAAGGCGGCAAGCGCGGCGUCCGCGGCUCUGGCACCCCCUUGACCGCGGCUGGCUUGAGAGGGAGGCGGGGGCUGGCGCCGUCUUGGGCGGGGGGCCGAGCAAGAGUUCCGACGUAGCUGUGCCCCCCUUGUGGCAGGUGGAGGAAGAGGAAGGGGGAGGAAGGCGGGGUGCCUGGCCCCAUCCCACAGGGCACGGUCAAGGAAGCAAGAAUCCCACCGACGUCCAUUGGGAGUUUUAACGCAGGAAUUAGGGCACUUCAGAAAGCUCUCACAAUGGAUAUUUUUGGAGAUCUGCGGCGAAUGAACAAGCGCCAGCUCUAUUACCAAGUUUUAAAUUUUGCCAUGAUCGUGUCUUCAGCCCUAAUGAUAUGGAAAGGCCUUAUUGUUAUCACUGGGAGCGAGAGUCCAAUUGUAGUAGUGCUCAGUGGCAGUAUGGAACCAGCCUUCCAUAGAGGAGACCUCUUGUUCUUGACAAAUUUCCGAGAUGACCCCAUCAGGGCUGGAGAAAUAGUCGUUUUCAAAGUUGAAGGCAGAGAUAUUCCAAUUGUGCACAGAGUGAUUAAAGUUCAUGAAAAAGAAAAUGGCAACAUCAAAUUUUUGACCAAGGGUGAUAACAAUGAAGUUGACGACAGAGGUUUGUACAAAGAAGGCCAGAACUGGCUAGAAAAGAAAGAUGUUGUAGGCAGAGCACGAGGGUUUUUGCCCUAUGUUGGAAUGGUGACCAUAAUCAUGAAUGAUUAUCCAAAAUUUAAGUAUGCUCUCUUGGCUGUCAUGGGGGCAUAUGUACUUCUGAAACGGGAAUCAUGAAAGAAUCUGGAAUUGCCUCAGACAACUCAUCAGCACAGUUAUAUGAAGAGAUACUAAUAUAUUUGAAAUGUCCCCUUGUCUGCAGAUAAUAUUAUGUGACAUGUGCAAGCCAUACUGUAUUUGUCCUUUUCCUCUUCAUGUUGCAGUCUUAAGAAGCAUCUUGUGGGCCAGCCCAAUUGCCUUCAUUGAGUCACACUGAUAAGUGUUUUUAUUAUGUCCAUCUUCCCCAACCUGGUUCAGCUCCCCAAAUUCUCAGCCAAGCAAGUCUUUUGGGCAUGUUGGCUGGAGGUUACACAAAUUAUAGUCUAAAACCAGAUUAGGGAAGACAAGAUUUUCUUGGCUCUUUUGUUAACAAAUAUUGCUUUACUUUCUACAUGUUCACAGGGUUGCUACUAACCAAGAAUAGUGGCAGAAUUGCUGAGAGGGAAGUGGUUGGAGCAUCAGGGAAUAUAUGUAUACCCUUUCUCAUCUGCUUAUUUUGAAAAUAUUUUGGAGAAUUGUUUAAUAGCCGUGAAUCUCAAUUACACUGAGAAUUCUAGUUUUUAUUACACUUUUCAUGCAAGGAACCUAUUGAUACAAUUCCUACCCACCUCCAGAUGAUUCAGAUAAUUCCCAUCUCCCCACCAAGCACUUGUCAGUACUUAAAACAGUUACUGAUUAUUCAUUGAGCAAUAGUCCUUUGCUGUGAAUGAAUUUGCUGUGAAUAUGCUUCCAACAUAGGUUUAAAAAUACAGUUUUGAUUAAGGUUGUGAGAUGCACCUUUCUGCGAGAGUGGUAUUCUUCAAGUUGUUGUCCUUGAGCAAACCAGCUUGAAAAUCAAGGCCCACAAUGAUAUUAUCUGAUUUAGUGCCUUGCACUUAUACAAGGCCCUUGCUUAACAAUAGUAAUUGGGACUGGCAACUCCAUUGCUAAGCCACACAGUUGUAAAGCGUGACAUUAUGUGACCAGGCCAAUUUAUAACAGGAGUUGCAACAGUUCCAGUUGCAAUUGUUAAGCGAAUCCCAUGCAGUCAUUUAGUGUGACAUCAUAUGAUCGCCAUUUGCGACUUCCUGCCAGCUUCCCCAUUGACUUUGCUUGUCAGAAGACAGCAAUGAAGAUCACAAAUAGCAACCACGUGGCCACGGGACACUGAGAUGUAAUUGCCAGUCAGUUGCCAAGUGCCCAGAUGGCGAUCCUGCGACCAUAGGAACACUGUGACGGUCAGAACUUCGAGGACUGGUCAUAAGUCUUGUUCAGCAUCACUGUAACUUUGAACAUCGCUGAAUGAGUGGUGGUUAAGCGAGGACUACCUGUAAUGUAAUAAGAUGGG